AUGGCACCGCCCUCAACAGGCGAUAGCGAACAGGACAUCCUCUUGGACAAUAUUCCUCAGGAGCUGUAUGACAUUAUCAUCAAACGUCUUCUAGAGGACACAAGUAUGUGUGCCUGGUUUAAGCUUCGUUCAAUCUGUCGAUCCUGGAAAGCGGAAAUUGAGAAACUUUUCGCGAAGAAGUAUCUCAGCAAAACCACCAUCGAAGUUUUCGAUGACGGUGUAUCGAGCUUUUCGAUGAAAUUUGACAGUCUUUUGGAGAAUGACACAGUUGCAGUAUUCAAAUCAUCGGACUCAGCGUUCACGGGACGGAACCUUCGUUCUUUGGUUCGCGGAGCGACCACCGUGGAAGGGCUUUUCGAGCGUAGUUUCCACCUCGUUACCGUCGCAGACGAGGCGUGCAGCGAUCCUAAGCUAGACGGGCUACAGGUAAAUAUCGCAGAAGGAACCGCAUCUCUGCCUUGGAUCCCCAUGAUGAGUCAGGUAUUAGGCGAUGAAGUUCGUCUCCGUCGUCGCACAGUGGCUAUCUGCGACUCGGGAACACAACCAAAUCCACAGGCCCGGGGUCUCAAUAGCCAUCAUAGACCAUUGAAGCUCGGAUCGGACUGGUCUACAAAUCGAGCUAUGAGACCGAUGUUACUCUACUCGAUUGGUAGAGUUAGUUCCUUCAAGACGGAGAUCGAGAACGUUCGAAAUUCGCGAAUCAUAAGACAGUAUCAUUUAAGCCAAGAGCAGGACGAAGCUUUGGCUAAUGAUGUCGGCACAGUAGAUACUUUUGGCAGGAUCCAUAAGAUAUUCCUCGCACGAAAGGCUUCUAGAUCCCAAUGGAUAAGACUGGAGCAGAUGCAGUAA